AUGGCCGUGACAACUAGUUUUGGCUCCGACAAUAAGCACGAAUCCAUCGCGUCGGCCUUCUUCAUCUUCCUGUUCAAUCUCUUCUAUCCAAUCGGCUUCCUCGGUGGAAACUUCUUAUACUGCACCGAGGUCGCUCCAGUACGCCUGCGAGUCGCUAUGGCAGCAAUCCCUACCGCCAACCACUGGCUGUGGAAUUUCGUCGUGGUUAUGAUAACCCCUGUGGCUCUAGACACGAUCGGAUACCAGUACUACAUCAUGUAUGCAGUUCUGUCGGCAUGCAUUCCUGUACAGGUAUACUUCUUCUACCCUGAGACCAUGAACCGGAACUUGGAAAUGGCGCGUCAUUUGCCCCAGGGUGAGAUUAGCCCAGCAGGGUUGAUUGCUCGAAACAAGGGAAAGGAAUAG